AUGUCUGAAAAACCAAAUCCUAAAAAAGGAGAAGCUUGGAAACCUAAAGAAAAAUUUGAUAAGAAAGCAAAUAAAGAGAAGUUAAAAUAGGAAUAAGAUUAAGCUGAAACAAAGUAAGAAUCAAAUAAGACAACAUAAUAAUAAUAAUAAUAAUAAUAAUAAUAAAGUAAAUAAUCUAUUGAAUAAUAACCAUCACAAUAAUUGUAGCCUAUUAAUGAUAAAUAAAUUGUUUAGACAGAUACAUCAAAUAAGAGAAAAGAUUUUCUUUCACAUCUUCCAAUAUUUUAAGAUUAUACUUCUGUAAGUAUAAAAUCUGUAAAAUAAAUAGAUGUAAUUUAUUGUUUUUUAUUUUAGCCUUAAACAUUACAUCAUUCUUUUAUAGAACUUUGCAUUUAAUAUUAAAAUGGAUAAUGUAUAGGAUCUACUCAUAGAUGUGUAGAAUUUUUAAAUGCUUUAAAAUAAUUUAUUAAGGAUUAUAAGUUACCAAAACAAUCAAAUUACUUUGCUAUGGCAUUUUUAACUGAAUUAAAGAAUAUCUUUAAUUUAAUGGAAAACUUUAGAACAGUAAAUGAAGGAAUGAGCACAUCAUAUUUAUUUAUAAGUGAGUGUUUAAUGAUUUUAAGAAAAACAAAACUUGAUGAAAAUGAAUCAAAAAUUUGGCUAUGUAAUCAGAUUGAUUAAUUCAUUCAAUCAAAAAUUAUCUCAGCAUCAGAAUUGAUUAUUAAAAAUGUAUUUUAUUGGAAUACCUAUUUAAAAGGCUACUUAAUUGAUUUAAGAAGGAACAACAAUUUUAGUAUAUGCUAGAUCCUAUUUGAUUGAGAAUUUCAUUAUUAAUUAUUUUAAGUAAGGUAAAUAAUUGACAAUUUUUGUUGUUGAUAAUCCAUAAUUUGGAGAAGGAUCAUAAUUAGUGAAUCGAUUAUUAUAAUAAGGAAUCUCUUGUUAUUAAAUAUUGUUAUCUCAUGUCAGCUACAUUCUAUCAAAAGUAGAAAUAAUUGAAUAUUAUUUAGGUUGAUAAAAUUUUAGUAGGAGCAUCAUCUAUGUUAUGUAAUGGAGCCUUGGUAUCUAGAGUAGGAACUGCUUUAUUAGCAUGUUUAGCAUCAACUCAUAAAAUACCAUUUUUAGUAUUUUGUGAAAGUUACAAAUUCUCAGAAAAGAGUCAGAUUGAUUCAUUAUCAUGGAAUGAAAUAGCAUAAUUAGAAUAUGGAAAUGAAAAUUAAUAAUAUACUUCUUUAAGUCUUAGAUAUGAUAUAACAUAAUCUAAUUAUAUUAAUAUGGUAUAAUUGAUAAUAUGUUAUUUAUUAGAUAGUAACAGAAGUUGGAUUGAUACCAGCAACAUCUGUAAAAGCAGUUAUAGGAGAAUUUAAGAAAUACAAUUAUGUAGAUGCAAUUGAAGUUCCAAGAGUAGAUUAAUGAU